AUGGAUCUUUUUUGUUGGAAUAUAAGAGGUAUAAAUGAUUCUGUAAAGCGGCGGGGUUUUAGGAAGUGGAUUAAGAAAUAUAAACCCAUUUUUGGAGGUCUCGUGGAGACCCAUGUACAGGCUAUUAAGUCGGAUUCUAUUUGUAGUUCUAUAUUACCGGGUUGGUCUUUUCACGGCAACUACGACCAUUCGGACCUUGGGAGGAUAUGGCUAGUCUGGCACCCUACUGUGUCAGUUCGGAUAAUUUCAUGUUCUCGUCAGAUAACUACUGCUAUUGUCAAGCUUCCAAAUGUGAGCUGUGAGGUUGGAGUAUCUUGUGUUUAUGGCUCUAACUGCAGAGUGGAGCGUAGGCUGCUUUGGAGUGAAUUGGAGACAUGUUCUGUCUCUCAUCAGCUAGCAGGCAUUCCUUGGAUUGUAUUUGGUGACUUUAACGAGAUCAUUAACCCGGAAGAGCACUCUCUUGCUGAUCAGUUCUCUUCCCAACGUGGUAUGAGAGAUUUUAAAGAGUGCCUUGAUCGGUGUUCGCUAUUUGAUCUACCUUAUUCUGGAAGCUCAUUCACUUGGUCCAAUGGCCAUGUGUCUAAAAAGCUGGAUAGAAUUCUUACUAACGCAGCAUGGCUUCAACAAUUUCCAGAAUCUAUAGGCAUAUUUGGUGUGCCAGGAAUCUCUGAUCACAGCCCGUGCUGUACAUUUCUGGAUCAGCACAAGCCUAAGCAAAAACGACCUUUUAAGUUCUUCGCGCAUCUCAAUCAGCAUGAGGAUUUUGCGUCUCUUUUGGGAAACUGUUGGAACUCCUUCAACUUCAGCGGUACAAAUCAGCUUCGAGUUUCCAAAAAGCUAAAAGAGCUUAAAGGAAUAAUCAAAACCUUCAGAAGGGAACAUUACUCUCAACUGGAGAAAAGAGUGGAGGAGGCGUUUUCCGAGCUUUGCGUUGCUCAAGAUAUGGCUCUCUCUAACCCCUCCCCUACUGCUGCUGAAACAGAAAGAAAGGCCCACCUUCAUUGGCAUGCCUUGGCAAAAGCGGAGGAUUCCUACUUGAAGCAACGAUCCCGAGUACAGUGGUCUGCGGCCGGUGACUCCAAUACUGCUCACUAUCAUCGUUUGAUUAGAUCAAGGCAAGCUCAAAAUCAAAUUGUAAUGCUGCUGGACAGGGAUGGAGGUGUCAUUGAUCAACUGGAGGACAUUAAGACUCAUGCAGUGGACUACUACUCCGCGCUACUUGGCGGCCUAUCAAACCUAACAUCGCCUUCUCCAGCCACUAUAGCCACUUACCUACCUCUACGCUGUUCUCCUGAGGCUGUUAUGCAGUUGGCAGCAGAGUUUACAGAUUUGGAUAUCCAGUCAGCUUUCCUUUCUCUUCCAGAUUCUAAGGGAAAGAAAUGA